AUUGUAAUACUGUCACAAAUUUUUUUAUAUUAAUAUUUUAACAAUAUAUUUGACAAACUCUUUUUUAUUAUAAUCAUAAUGUUAGACAAUUGGAUGGUCUUAAAAUGAAAUAUUAGUAUGUUUUAGUUGCGGUCAGUUAUGAAUUGGGUGUAAAAUUAUUAAACAACCUGAAAUACGAUAUACAGUGAAACCUCGUUAAUACGAUAUUGGUUAAUACGAAAUUCUCGUUAUUACAAACCUGUUUAAAGUCCCUGCAACAUGAAUAGGAUUUUCAUCGUUAAGACGUUUGUUUAUUACGAAAUACCGGAUAUUAUGUAAUUCGAAGUUCCAUUGUGGCCAAAAGCUUGUUUUCGUGUAUAUUUAAUAUCUGAUAAUACAAAGUUACUUUGUAUUUUAGUCUUAAAAAACGUGCGCGGUAACUCCAAAAAUAGAUCAUAUUAAUGGCAUUUUAAAAUAAAAAUACGUACUCAAACACAGUAUAAACCAUUAUUGCACAGCGAUAUUUUACGAAUUCCACACAUGAAUAAUAAAUAAUAUAGAAUAUAAUUCCACUAGAUUACUAUAUUUUACACAAAUAACUUCCAAAAUAAUACGUGCUUCCUAUUAUCGUGGUUAGAAAAGUGUACAUCGGCCAUGUCAGUAAACAACAGUUUUGCCAUCAUUAGGCCGUUAAAAAGUUCACAAAGAAAAUAUCAAACGAAAUUUAGAUAAAAUAAAGUACAGAAAUUACACUGUUGAAUAUGGUUUAAACUCCUAGAAAUCAUAUUAUUUUCUUUCUGCCAUAACCAAUUAAUAUUUAGUAUCUCAGCGAGGUCAUUGAAUAGAAAGAACAGAACAACGAACAAGUGACGUCGCCAUAUUGAUUGAAGUUUGAAUCGUGUACGUGUAGUCUCAGUCUCGAAAAUUAUAAAUUUGUUUGUGCUACGUCUUAUUGGUCGUGUAGAUGUUCUUUUGAAAUCGUGAUCUCAUAUGAUUAGCAUAGCUUAAUUUGUUUCGUAUUAUUAUUUUAAAGAAUAUAUUUUUAUUUUUUGCCUCGUACCAGUGUAACAUGUAUCUUUAACGUACACGUUCGGCGAAGUUAUAAACAUAACCAAAAAUGGAAAACAAACGAAAAAGAAAUGAUUUAACAAUUGAAAAAAAGUUGCUGCUUAUACGGGAAGUAAACUUAGGCGAAAAAACCAAAAGUUGUAUUGCAAAGGAGUUCAAUGUCCCAUUGUCAACAUUAUCGACAAUAAUGAAAAAUGAAUCAAAGAUUAAAGAGCACCAUGAGAAAGGAGGGAGUUUGAAAGGACGAAAACGUAUGCUCGGCGCUAAGUACGACGAACUUGAAGAGAAAUUGCUGGACUGGUUUAAUCAUUCGCGGUCCCAAAAUUUGCCUCUAUCUGGGCCUAUCAUGAAAGAAAAAGCUGAUAUGUUGGCAUUGAAAAGUGGAGUUGAUGAUUUCAAAUGCAGUAAUGGGUGGUUGCAGAGGUUUAUGCAAAGACACAAUUUGGUUUUCCGUAGUGUGUGUGGUGAAUCAGCGGAUGUUGAUAAUCAGAAAGUUGAAGAGUGGAUGGAAAUAUCAAAAAAUACUAUAAACCAGUACAGUCCUAGAGACAUAUACAAUAUGGAUGAAACUGGUGUAUUUUAUAACCUUUUACCAGACCAUACCAUGGCCUAUCGAGGGGAGCCCUGCCAUGGUGGCAAGAGAAGCAAGGAGCGUAUCACAGUUGCAUUGUGUUGCAAUGCUGAUGGCAGCGACAAAAUGAAACCUUUGGUUAUAGGAAAGUUUUUGAAACCACGCUGCUUUAAGGGUGUAACUAAUUUCCCAUGCCAAUAUGAAGCCAACCAAAAUGCAUGGAUGACCUCUAAAAUCUUUCGUGAUUGGUUGUUGCGGUUAGACAGAAAAAUGGCUAUCAGGAACAGAAAGAUUCUUCUUCUCCUUGAUAGAUGUGCAGCUCAUUCUUCUGAGUCACUGAAAUUGGAAAACAUUCAGUUGGUGUACUUACCUGCCAACACCACCAGCAUUUUGCAACCUCUCGAUCAAGGAAUUAUUAAUAAUUUAAAAAAGAUAUACAGAAAGAGACUUGUCCAAUUUCUCAUCCGUCGCCUGGAUGCCAAGAAACCGUUAACAAAAUGGAAUGUUUUGGAUGCUAUUCGAAACAUAUGUAUGGCUUGGGAUAACAUUCAGCCUACAGUGAUACAAAACUGUUUCAAGAAGUUAGUCCCAGCAGUAGCCACAAAUGAAGAAACUUCAGUCCCUGAACUGCCAAAUGCUACAGAGAAAUGCAGUCCUUGUGGUAGUUUCAGACCCAACAUGCCUGUUCCCAGUGGUAGUUGUGCCACAACUAGCCUACCUCCAUGGGAAACUAGCGACAGUGCUGAGGAUGGUGGUGAGGAAUGGGACAUUCUUCAGAAUAAACUAAAUUUCAGUAAACCGUUUGACAGUUUUGUGCAAGUAGAUGACUGUCUUCUAACAUCACCUACGCCAGAUGACUUUGAGGUGAUGGACUGUGACACCAUUGAUUGUGGUGAAGUUAACACGGAAACAAUAGAUUCUGAAGAGCCACCCACACUUACACUGCCCAAAAAAACUGAAGCUUUGCAAGCUCUGAACAUACUGGAAACAGUAAUACAGUGCAGCGAUACUGACACCGAAACAAUCAAAGCCUUUGAUCAACUGUGUGGCUUUGUCCAAAGUGUGUUCAAAAACAAUGAGAAGCAAACCAAAAUCAGUUCAUUUUUUUCACCUAACUCUGCUCAGUGAUCCUCUAGAUGUGUGUAAUAAAUUGAAGCAACAUGCCAUACAUAACUGUAAAUAAUUUUGUGUUAUUUGUGACUUUUUUGACUUUUUAUUUUAUUUAGGUGAAACAUGUUUUUACUUAAGAGAAUGCUCUUAUGCAGGUAUGUACUACAUAACAUAUUUCUUGUUUUAUAUAAUCGUAUUUUCUUACAACUAUGUACUAUCUACAUAUCUUGAAAUGUUUUUAAAAUCGGUAAUUAAAUAUUUUUUUUGGUUGUUUUGACAUAAUGUAUGAAUUAUAUGUUAAAGUAUGGUUAUUACAAACCUCGUUAUUACAAAGUGGGUAAAUUUCUGUCCCCUCAGGUUUGUAUUAAUGAGGUUUCACUGUAUUUAGUUUGAAUGUGAUGAGAACAAAAAUAACUUAUGUAAUAAAAACCUUGGUUUAAACAAAAAAACCUGGUUGUUUGGUUUUUUUUAAAAAACCUAGUUUAUUUCCAACCCUGAUAAGCACCAUAUUGAUUUUUUUGGGGGGUUAAAUUUGUUAAAUUAAAAAUUGUCAGUCUUGCAAAUUUAUACAUUUGAAUACAUUUUUUCUGUGUAUGUGCAUAUAUUUAUAUAUCCCACACAAACUUUAGGUUACAAAGCAUUUUUUUUACAGCUAACUAAACAAACAUUUUGACUUUGACAGUUGAAUAUUUAUUUAAAGAAACUAAUCAAUAGUUAAUAAUUAUACAAUUGUUUGUUUUGUUUACUUUGUGAAAAAAAAUUCAGCUCUCAAUGUAAACUUGUUAGUUGAAUUAUUUCCAUUUAAAAAAAUGGUAUUUUAAAUAGAAUACACAUGUGCCUGCAUUCAAAUUUCCCACCGCCGCCUUUUUUUUUGUUAGUUCCACAAGUGUCAACUUGGAGCACUAGGGUAGAACUUAGAGCACUAAAAAAGUAGCAUUGAGUUUCCAAUCUUUCUGUGGGUGGAUAAUCUUUGAUGUAACUGACUGUACUAAAGAAAAACUUUUGGGAAAUGGAAGUGAUCAAAUAUGUUGUGUAAUGAAUCUAGUGAGUAUUUUUUAAUGUAAAUUGUUCUGACAACGUGCAUAAAACGGUUAAACUAACAGUUGAGCGAGUUUCGGGUUGUCCACUGCCCGUUGAUUCUAUAUUCGAUGCAUUAUCGUUGGGUUGGGCCGAUGUAGAUGGCUGCAGUACUUGAAGCGUUGUAUUUUGUAGUGUGCACUCACCACUUAAGCCAGCCACCUGAGCCGAUUCCAUUGCCUUUUUCUGGGCUUCUUUCUUCCUUAAUCAGUAGAGUUGACAUCUCUCUGCAUCGGAAAGUCUAGGUGGCCGGUUAGAAAUGGGUGUCACUUGUUGCUUCCUCAAAUUCUUCACUUUUGGUUUGGCAUUAUUCCUUGCUGUUUGUAUAAAAAAUAUUGUACACAAAAUAUGAAAGUAUUUUUUUUUUAAAUGUAGUUUACACUCUAAUGUAAAGAAUAAAAGUUGUUUGGAGCAAAUUGACCAAGUACUUUCCAUUGUUAGCUCGCUUGCCACUAAACGCUAGCCGUGCCUACUACGCAUUUUAACGUUCGCUGCUGUGCAGUUACAUCAUUGCGGGGGGUGUGGGGCAGUGACGUAGCGUGCCAUCUCGGCGCCUGGGGCGGGAGACCCAUUUUGCCGCCCCCAUUCUAUAGGUGCUUCAUUAAAAUUAAAUUUCACAUGUAAUGAGGUACCUUUUAUUGAAGUUAAAAUAGGAUGAGCGGUUUUACAAGCGGAUUCUACGGGCCUUAUGAGCAGCGAAGUCAGAAAUAACUUUGUCAAAAUCAAUAUUAGCAGCCAAUUCUUGUUCAAUCGACAAUAUAGCCAAGUUUGAUAGUCUAGCGGAGCUCAUAGUAAAUCUGAGGUAAUUUUUUAUUAGCUUCAACUUCGAAAAACUUCUCUCACAACUUGCAACACUAAUCGCCAAAGUAAAAUAUAUACGAAUCAAGAUGACUAUAUUUGGAACCGAAAUUCCGAGAUUCAGUUUUUGAAUGAACUGGAGGAGCUCCAGUGGUCCUUUACCACUUGUAUAUUCCUCUGAUUCAGAACAGGCAACAACAACAAACUGCUGAAGACGCUUCCGCUCCGUCUGAAACUCGUCCUUGUCGAUGUCUUCUAAUACAUGGGAAAGAUCACACUCGAACUUGCUGUCCAAAAGUUUCGCUGGCAUCAAAAAUCAGAACUUGUCCGAUAUUUCUUGAAUUUGCUGGAAUCGAGUUGUCAUUUCUUGAAUGAUUUUGUCGAAUGAUGCGAUAAUCUCUCGGCGGAUUUCCUGUUCGUGAGACAGAGCUGCAUCUUCAGAAGAUUCAUCGCCAUGCAUGCGUUUUUUCCUGCGAAUUCUUCUCGUUUUGAGUUCGAUUCCGAGUUUUUCGCAGAGAGUCUUAGCAAAGUCAAUUGCUUCUUGCACGAAACGGUCUCUACUUUCCACUAAGAGGGUUUUCAAAGGGCAAAGUUUCUGAGCACACUUAUCCACACUUAGUCCUCGUUGCUGCAGGUAAAUCUGUGCGUCAUCUACUUCAGGUAGCACUGCAGCCCAAAAGCCAAGCAAAGUUACGAAGUUAAAUGACUGCAUGGCUGUCAGGAGAAGACUGGCUCCCGAUCUUGUUUCGGAAGUUUGAGAUGAAUCUGUUAAUUGUUCCAGUACCUCAAGAACUACCUCAAACUUAUUUUUAAGCAUCUUGACAGCUACAUGUCUAGCGCUCCAGCGCGUUUCAGUGACUCGUUUUACUGCUUGACCUGUGACGGCAACCAAAGCAUUCCAUUGAACAGUUGAUGCGGAAAAGAAGGCAAACAGCUUCUCCAGAGUUCCAAAAAACGUCACGGAAUCCACUGAUUCAGAAGCAGCGUGUACCCCAGCCAAGUUUAGUGAGUGGUUUGUGCAUGAAACGAAUAUAGCUUUCGGAUUCAGUGCUUUAAUCCGGGCUUGAACUCCAUUGUGGAUCCCUGACAUUGUGGCAGCAUUGUAAUAAGCCUGUCCUCUCAGAUUCUGUAUGUCCAGUCCGUCUGAUGUUAUCUUCGCGAUUAUAUCGUUGCUGAGAUCUUCUGCAUUUUUUUCCUUUUGGUUCGAAGAAGUCAAUGAAAGAUUCUACCACGGCGACAUUUUCUCCUUCGAUAUGUACGUAUCGCAGAACUUGGCUCAUUUGGUCAUUGUGGGAGAUGUCUGGUGUACUGUCGAAGAUUACGCAAUAAUAUUUAGCUUCUUGAAUACGACGGAUGAUGGUGGAUCGAACUUGCUGUCCCAGUAAGUUUAUAAAUUCAUUCUGGGUUUCUGGAGAUAGAUACGAAACUGAGACUCUUGCUCCCAGCUUUAUCUUUGUCAGGUGUUCCAUUAGAAGAGGGUCGUAUUUAGCUAGGAGGUGCACUAACUCCAGAAAGUUCCCGCGAUUGCCACUAUCAUCUCCUCGAAUGUCUUCUCGAUGUCCUCUGAAGGCCAGUUUGGCUAAGAACUGGAUAAUAUUCAGCAACCUGUACAGUACAUCCCUCCACUUCUUCUCCUCACUUUCGAAAACUUCUUGUUGUUUCUGAUCGAUGGUUGCUUUACAGUUCAGGUGAACUUCCAACUCCUUCCAUUUCAAGAAGCUCUGUUCAUGGCCCAGGCUAUUUUCAUGGUCUCCUAUUCUUGGAUUUAGCUUACACCAUUUGUUGAAUCCUUCUUCAGAUGCGAAGUUAGAGCCGGAAUUGCCAAACAGCUUGCAAGAAAAACAAUACAAGGAUUGCUUCAAAGGCGAGUACACCAUCCAUGUUCGGAGAACCUUUUCGCCGUUAGAUAAUGGUUUGUAGAACCACUCUUUGGUUACUUUUACCGCCUUUCGUUGAAGUCCCUGAGCGAACAACAUCGGCAAAUUUGGAAUCGAUGUGCUGUACUGAGUCAGAUCCGCGACGUACUAGAAGCGUUCUGACUUCGUUGGUCAUAGGAGAAGGCCAGCAAUCUACAUCGUCGAGAUUCACAUCUUUGAUUUCGGCAGGAGCAGAAGGAACGAUUUCAAUUAUGUCUUCUUUGGCAACAUUCACCUUUUCUGCAGGCUUAUGACUAGAUGCUUGAGGUACUUUUGAUGAGUCGACUUCGUCUUGACCCUGCUCUGUGGUGGAACCAGAACUACUUCCAACUGCGACGGCAGGUACGUCUUCUUCUUGUACCUGUAAAAUAAGUUAUGUAUUCCCAUGAAUAUUGGCCGGAGGACACGUUCGAAUUUCAAAUAAGUAUUUUAUCUAUCAAAAAACAAAAGUGGUUUUGGUGACGGCGCGGUUUGCCGGGCUUAUAGGAAAAUUUACAAACAAAAAUGAUUUUGUAUGGCAGCUACCUUUUUUAGAGUUUCCCGGUAAAAACUGACUGAGUAAGCCAUGUUAUAGAUGUUAUUAAAAGAUAAAAUGACGAGAAAAUCGGGAAAAAUCGUUGGCGCCAUUUUUGUGCUAAAUGAAAAAUUAUGUUUUCUUUGUAUGACAGGUACCAUAAAUAAUCAAGUUAUCCAAAAACAAAAAAAUAAAAAUAAAAUAUUCCUAGACUACUACUAGAUUUACAAAACAUCCCCUAUUGAAGUUUUAAAUUCAAGUAGCAGGACAAAAUUCAGUCGUAAACUUAAAAAGAUGUACCUUAACUCAAAGUAAUUUAUGUUAAUAUACUCCAUACUUUUUAAACAAUAAUCAAUGUUCAAACAGCUAUUAGAGCAAUUUUAAGUGUAUUAUAAAAUAAGAUUUAAUGAACGAGUGUGACUCCAUACUCGCAGACAUACCUAGGUGAAUAGGUUUUGCGAGACUAAUGUAAGAAAUAUUGUAACUUUUGUAAACAAUAUAUAAAUAAAUAAAUAAUAAUAAUAAAUAACUGGAGUAAUUCUAGGCCAUGCAUGAUUCUAGAUGGAGGAAUCAUAUACCUACUUACACUGGAAUCACUUCCGCUGCUGCAGGAUACCACCGAAGACGUUAACGUGGCUUUCGAACCAGAACUGGAACUAAAAUAUUUCAGUAAUGCACCUUGAGACUUCUUCGCAUCUGCUUCUUUCUUAGCCUUUUUUUGCGGAA